AUGCGCAUACCCAUACACACUGCUCUAACAUUCUGCUGGGCCCACACCACAGCCCCUCGCAGCGAUCCCGCCGCACCAAGCGCUUCGACCUUACGAAGCCCUCCUACGUCUCGCGGCGACUUCUCGAGGCCGCUGGUGGAUUCCAAGCAGCCGCCGCUGGAUGCGUUCCGGUCGAAGGUGUUUCAGGGCUAUGCAGCGUAUGGGCCGCAUUUGUACGUGCCGAGUGGCACGUCGUAUGAUACCAGUGGCGGGGUGGUGAAUUCUCAGGUCGCGAGCAUCGAGAUGAAUACGGGGAAGAUCGUGCAGGGGCCGACACAUUGA